GCACUGUUGGACCCAGAUGGAACUAUAGAACUUAGAACCUCUCCGGAAUGUAUUAGUAAUUUAAUUAGUGAUGAAUUGGUUUUAAUGUAUUUAUUCUCUCACAUUUUACUUGGUUCAUUUAUUAGUUAAUAUUUUUCGACAUUUUUUACAGAACUAUAUUUUGGGUUAGUUCCGUUUUUUCCCCUGGAUUUAAAAAAAUUAUUAACUUCUUUAAAAAGAAAGUGAUUUAUUUUUGAUUGCGCAUCCCUGUGAUAGUGUGUUUCAUGGCACAUGUGUGCAGACAGCUGAGUGGGAGUGGGGCCAGCUUUGCAGGCUGGGUAGGUAUCAUCAUCGCCACGGCCACCAACGACUGGGUGCGCACCUGCGACUACACUGUCACCACCUGUGUGCGCAUGGACGAGCUGGGCGCGCGAGGCCUCUGGGCAGAGUGUGUCAUCUCUCCCUCACUCUACCACUGUGUGACGCUCAACCAUAUCCUCACACUGCCAGCAUACAUCCAGACAUGCCGUGCUUUGAUGGUGUGUGCGUGCCUAAUGGGGCUUCCUGCGAUGGGGCUGGUGCUGAUGUCCAUGCCCUGUGUCAGACUCGGAGAUGAGAUCCCCGCUACCAAACUACGCCAUGGCAUUGUCGGGGGUGCUCUCACCUUUAUCGUGGCUCUCUGUGGAUUGGUGUCGACCAUCUGGUUUCCUAUUGGUGCUCAUGCAGAGGAGGGUCUGAUGUCAUUCGGCAUCUCACUGUACACCGGAUGGGUCGGCUCCGCCCUCUGCCUCCUAGGGAGCUUCAUGAUUUUGUGUUGCUGCGGUGACGACCCCUCGGCAACCCCCCAAAGGCAGCAGAACAGCUACUAUUACUCCAGACAGGCAGGGGGUGCCGACACGCCCAUCAACCUUGCCACUACCGCAGUAGUCACGGGCAACCACUCCAAGAGCGCACAUGUGUAAGAAUGUGCAUUUGUGAGUUGGAGUUCUAGGCCAACUACAUUGAAGACAUAUGCCAGAUCUAACAACGCCUGCAUAGUUAUUUAACAUACACUAUAUAUACAAAAGUCUGUUAACCCCCCUUCAAUUUAGUGGAUUUGGCUAUUUCAGCCACACCCGUUGCUAACAGGUGUGUAUAAAAUUG